GAGCGGCUGGCGGCCGUGGCGGCUGUUGGGGCUGGGUUGUCAGUCAGUGAGCGGAGGGGGAAGAUGGCUCGCCGGGACCCGUUCUGCUAGGAAGAAGGGGGGCAGGUGGUGCUGCUACUCAGGAGAAAGCCGAGCAGCGGCUGUCGCUGUCGCUGCGAGCCAGACAAGUGGAGGUUCUGGACGUGGAGCUCGGAGAGUCACUCUGGGUGAAGUUUUAGAACAGAUGUGGAAAGAUGUUCACUUCAGAGAAAGGGGUUGUGGAGGAAUGGUUGUCAGAGUUUAAGACACUACCAGAAACAUCUUUACCAAAUUAUGCCACAAAUUUGAAAGACAAGAGUUCUUUAGUUUCAUCUCUCUAUAAAGUUAUCCAGGAGCCACAAAGUGAGUUGCUAGAACCUGUCUGUCACCAGCUCUUUGAGUUCUAUCGCAGUGGAGAGGAACAGUUGCUUCGAUUUACUCUGCAGUUUCUUCCAGAACUGAUUUGGUGCUACCUUGCGGUCUCAGCCAGCAGAAAUGUGCAUAGCAGCGGAUGCAUUGAAGCUCUUCUUCUAGGGGUUUACAAUUUGGAAAUAGUUGACAAACAGGGACAUAGCAAAGUAUUGAGUUUUACGAUUCCAUCUUUAUCUAAACCAUCUGUAUAUCAUGAACCUUCCAGCAUUGGGUCCAUGGCUCUGACCGAGAGUGCACUAUCCCAGCAUGGUUUGUCAAAAGUUGUAUACAGUGGACCUCACCCCCAGAGGGAGAUGCUGACAGCACAGAAUAGAUUUGAAGUGUUGACAUUCCUUUUGUUGUGUUACAAUGCUGCCUUAACGUAUAUGCCCAGUGUUUCUCUUCAGUCGCUGUGUCAAAUUUGUUCCAGAAUCUGUGUUUGUGGAUAUCCCCGGCAACAUGUAAGAAAAUACAAAGGUAUAAGUAGCAGGAUACCGGUUUCUUCAGGAUUCAUGGUACAGAUGUUAACAGGGAUUUAUUUUGCCUUUUAUAAUGGAGAAUGGGAUCUAGCUCAAAAAGCAUUGGAUGAUAUUAUAUACAGAGCCCAGCUAGAAUUAUAUCCAGAGCCAUUGCUGGUUGCUAAUGCAGUAAAGGCUUCAUUGCCUCAAGGUGCCAUGAAAUCUAAUAAGGAGGGUACAAGGUGUAUUCAAGUUGAAAUCACACCAACUUCCUCUAGAAUAUCAAGAAAUGCAGUAACCAGCAUGUCAAUAAGAGGUCAUAGGUGGAAAAGACAUGGAAAUACAGAAUUAACAGGUCAAGAAGAAUUGAUGGAGAUAUCUGAAGUUGACGAGGGAUUUUAUUCCAGGGCUGCGUCUAAUACCAGCCAGUCGGGUUUAUCAAACAGUAAUCACAAUUCUAGUAACAAGACAAGUGUAGGAAAGACUCAGAGACGGUCAGGAGGAAGCAAAACUGGAGGAAAAGAGAAAGAAACUGCAGGGGAGUCUUGCAAAGAUCACUUUGCUCGAAAACAAACUCAGAGAGCCCAAAGUGAGAAUCUUGAGCUUCUGUCUUUGAAGAGACUUACGUUAACAACCAGCCAAUCCCUGCCUAAACCUAGUAGCCAUGGUUUGGCUAAGACGGCCACAACUGUAUUUAGUAAAUCCUUUGAACAAGUCAGUGGUGUCACAGUCCCACAUAACCCAUCACCUGCUGUUGGCUCUGGGACUGGGACAGAUGCCAAUAGGUUUUCUGCUUGUAGUCUCCAAGAAGAAAAGCUUAUUUAUGUUUCUGAAAGGACUGAACUUCCAACAAAGCAUCAACCAGGUCCGCAGAGACCUCCUAGUAUUAGCAUUACUCUGUCUACAGAUUAAUUUGUAGUCAUUUUCUUAUGUAACCAGUGAAUCUGGAAAUACGACUGCUUCUUUGUGAAAGUGCCCAGGGCCUUUCAUUCCUGUUCCUGACAGGAACCCUGAUGGCUUAAAGUCUGACGCUACUUUGACUUUAUGAAGGGAAUAAUGUCUAGGUGGCAGUAAGUUGAAAUAGUGGUUUUGUUAUUCCCCUUGAUUUGAGUCUUUUUUCUUUAUUGGUUUCUGUUGCCCUAAGAUUGUCAGUGUGACAAUACAUUUUGGCAGAUUGUCAUAUCAGAUUGGUUACAUCUCAUGUGAGGUUGUUAGUUUUUUUUUUUUUUUUCUUUUUUAAUAACUCCUAUUUUGGUAGUGUAUGUUGGGCCUUCAGAGUAAAAGGGAAUCUCCAUGUAUGGGAACUGUUUUUUAAAGGACAAGGCAGAGGUGUAACUCCAGGAAUUCUACAGCUGGCUGUUCCGCAAGCCAGUCUGAAAAUCAGGCAUGUGAAAAAGCAAAAAUGAUGUGUAUGGAAAGUCCCUGAUAAAAAUGUUUGUAACCAGAUUAUCUUUAAGAUCAGUAGAAUAGUUUAUAUAAAGCACUGGAAAAUGCCUGGUAACUCAGUAUGUAGAUUAUUAUAUGAUUCCAGAGGAUGAAUAGAUGGAUUUCUGUUGUUAUCUUUGGAACAUUUUUAUAUCAAAAAUCAGAUUGCUAGUAGAUGUGUUGUUUUGAAGUGUUUGAUCUGGAUUGAGCAGGUAAAAAUCCCUUUCAAUUCUUAAGAUGUAAUAGGCCAUAAAGCUGACUUACCCUGCUGGUUGGCUUCAGAAAUCCUAAUUAGUUUGGAUUCCUAUAAUUCAGAGCACACAUCACUGAAGACUUCCUGGAAAUCGUUGUAAACCUUGCAACACAGCUCUCAAGAUGCCAGUGUCAACCAUGUAAUAUUGAAUUGUUUGUCUGCAAAUGAAGGAAAUUAGGUAAUUUUUUCAUCUAUAAAAUGUCAUGAAAGAAAAUAAAGAUAGUGAAAUAUGGACAAAGGACAAUUAUGUAUUAACUAAUUUAGGGUUAUUUAUGUUUGUGUUCUUAAAUUUAAAAUGAUAAAAUAUGGAAAAAUCUAAAUGUGUUUCUUGUUUUGUGAACAGGCCUAUUUUAAAUGUUCUUCUUAUGACAGAAAGAAUAAUCAAUGUAGUUACCCCCAAUCAAAAAAUAAAAAUAAAAAAGACAAUAUGGCAGAAAAGCUAAACAAACUUGUAUGUAGCUAUAGAGAACUAUGUGACCUCUAGAUCAACGUACAAGUUUGGUGUUUGCUAGUGGUGGUCAUCUCAGCUAUGGUUGAGGUUCCCUGAAAAUCAAGAAUACGUAGGUAAUAAUUCAGAGUGAGAGAGAAAGCAGGGCUGAGGAGGAGAGUAAGUUAACUGGGGAGGAAGGCCUAGGGGGCUGUCCACUUGGUCUCUUUCACUGUUACUACAUGAUGGUUUCCUUAUUCACGGUCCCUAGCUAUGGUCACACAGAGAAAAUGCUAGUUUUCCUCUUGUACCUGCUUAUGAAGAGCUCAAAUAUGUGAAAAAUUUGUAUGUCUUGAAGAGUGCUAAAGCAUGUACACUAUGAAUGUAGUUUUGACCAUAACUGCUUUGGCUACCAUUUUAAAUCUAAUUCUUCAAAAAACAUGAGCUAAUUUUCAUUCAUUAACCCUGAAUAGAAUAUGACUUUUAACAUAAGUGAAUUUGAUUUUUUUAGUUCCAGUGAUAAAAAUGGAAUAAGAUCUACUAGCAUAAAUUGUAGCAAAAAAAAAAGUAAGGCAACCAGACAGUGAAAGUUGAUGUAGUAUUAAUUUAAUAGGAAUCCUGUGUACAAUUUAAAAUAUUUGUAAAAUGUCACUGUGAAUUUCCUAUUGUCUUUUUAUAAUCCUUUAACAAAGAAUUUCCCCUAGGCAUAGCUACUAACAGUAUUAAUAGUCUUAGCUAAUUUAAAAGAUUGGCAUUUUAA